AUGGCCACCGUGAGAGUACAAGCGAAAACGUUACCGCUUUUACGACAGUCUUUUGCAAUCUGGCAAGCUAAAAGGUAUUUGAAUGUUUUCUGUAAAUUAUGAGACUAAUAUCUAUUUUGAUUUUGAUUUUUUUUGUUUUGUUUACACGCUAUAAAUGAUUCCAAAAACUUUUUCCCCAGGUGCUUAGGAUUAUGUUGCUGUCGGCUUUCACCCGGCUUCGACGCUGUUUCAAAGAAAAAGAACCAAAGCACUCUGGAAUCUAAAAGUCAAAGCAUAUGCGUGAUACCAAAGAGAACUUUAUUAGGAUCUUUCAUUCCGAAUCCCCUCAGUGCUUCGAACUCGCGAAGAAAAAAGUAUUCAGAAAGGCGGACACUCGGGUGAGCUUUGGACCUUCAGUAGUUUGUUGUGAUUGUUUCUGUUGAGUCAUAAGCAGUCACGGCAUUACAAUAUGGUGACUAAUCUGCUAAUGUAGGCUGUCAGACAUUGAGAGGAUAUAAGUGUAUGACCCUAUUGUUUUGUUUACAUCUUUGAUUUCCCAUAUGAUAAGCUACUUUUAAAAAUGACUUACAUCAGGUUACAAUACUUCCUAUUUUACAGCAGUUACACUUAACUACUGCAUGUACUGAUAAUGCAAUUUUGUAAUGAUUCAUGGUUGUUUCACCUACAAGUCAUUUCACUGGUGCCCAAGCCUGCGUACCUGGCAGGAUCAUCACAUUGGCCCAUGUUGGAGCAGAGGAGUUGUGAAUCUGUGCAAAGAAUGGGGAAGAGACACUUUGAAGGAAUUUCUUGCUCAUUUGGUGAUCACUUCUUGGAAUAACAGGUUCAUCACCAAAAUCUUACUGGACGAACAAUUCCGCCAGCUACACAGGCUACCAGCACCCUGUUCCCUAACGUCUUGAAUGUUCGUUAAGAUGUUAGGUCCUUCCCUGACUAUGACGUGUAUUAGACUUCUUUUUGUCAUGGCUGAAGGAACGACCUACAAACAUUAUUUUGUAGCCCUCAUUUCAUUUCUUAAGAGAAAUGACUCGCCCUAUUAGCAAAUGGGGCAUUAGCACAACGACACAUAGGUACAACAACCAGUUACCUUAGUUUACCUUUCAUGAUUCCAAGAAAGACUCAAAUGGGAUAGGGCACUGUUGGGAGCACUCAGCUUUCUCUCUUUGUGCCUUCAUUUCCCAUCCCUCAUGCCAUAUGUGGUUUGAUUUUUUUGUUGGUCAUCUGCUCUGCUCCAAGAGGUUUUUCUCUGGGUGAUACAGUUUUUCCCUCUUCUCAAGAACCAGUAUAAUUCUAAUUCAAUCUGGAAACCAAAAAGGGUUUUCAUCUGCUCUGGCAAAGACAUUUGGUAUUAAAUUUCAUGACUUAGAGCAAAGUUUGAAGAAAAAAUCGAGUAUUUCAUUCGAAUUACUGAUGAACUUUUUUUUCGACAAUGUGCUGUAAUCUGAGUGCUGCUCGUGGAUUACUGAUCAUGAUCCAGAUCGGAUUCAGAUUUUUUAUUUAUUGCACUAUUUCAAGAGUUUACUACCACAAAAAUAUAAUACAUUACAAAAGUAAAAUAAAACAACUUGAAAAUUUCCAUAAAUCAUCAAAGGUGAAAUGUGCGCUGUGACCAAAGGAGCUUAGGCUUUCGAGAUUGGUCGCUGCCACGUCCAACUCACUGGUGUAGUCAUUUAACACAUAAUAGAGAUGGGAAAAUUAAAAGUGCAUAAAGUUAUACUUACAACUUUAUUAAAAAACAAUGGAAAUUAGAAUUGAUAGUGAGGGCAGAGAAAUCAAAUUACUCAUUGGGUAGUUAAAAGGUACAGUUUGUAUUGCUUGUAGAAGCUAUUAUAAGGGAGUUUUUUUAAUUUAGAGGAAAUUUUUCCCCAGAUUUUAGAACCAGCAAAAGCAAAAGUCGCAGCUCCAUGAUUUUUUUUUCCUUUAAUGGCUGAUGAAAAUUAAGGUACCCUAAGCUAGUUUGAAAUCAUUUCAACCCUAAGAUCAGUUUAUACCCCAGCUUUUCAUUUUUCCGAUGUAUUUUAUAUUGUAAUUUUCAGUUAUUCAAUGGAGGACAUGUAUGCAGUUGUUUCUGAUGUUGAAGAUUAUAAGCACUUUGUUCCAUGGUGCAGGGACUCAGUUAUUUUGAUCAGAAAGCCAGGUCAUCUAAAAGCAAAGUUAGCAGUUGGUUUCCCACCUGUGGUGGAAAAAUACAGCUCAUCUGUUACGCUUGUUCCACCAAACUUAGUGAAGGUAUCAGUCAGCUUUAACAGACAAAACAGAGCUGAGUUUUACUAAAACUGGUUAACUUUUGAUGUUGGGUUAACUGUAGUAACAGUCCAGAAGAGUGCUCAUAGAACACACUGGAUGCUAAUUACCCUUUGAAAAAAGUGGCCUAGGCUUUUUUUAAUAAUAUUCCUGUCAAGGGAGAAUGAAUGUGUUCAUUAUAGUAGACUGCGAGCAGUCCUUUUUUUUCUUCAGAUUUAGUAAUGGGAGUGCACGGCCACACGAGAAACGAGGGAAGCAGCCCACGAAGAAAUAAGCUCUUCUUCAUGCCUCUCCCAGCCGUCUCACACCUUCAGUCGUGUGCAUGUUCAUUUGCAUGUCUUGUGCAUUUUGCUGGAUGAACUAAGAAAAAAGAGAGACUGCUUUUAUCAAUAUAGGAAACAAACAUUGGUCACUUCAAUAAAAUUAAAAAUUUAAUAGCCAAUGGUUGAUGCCAUUUGUUGUGAUAAUAAUUAUUAUUAUCACAACAAAUAAUAAUAAUUAAAUAAUAAUCAUGAUAUUAAUUAUUAUUAUCACGGCUUCUUUCUUGGAGAUGUUACUUGCUCAGCAAAUAUUGUUGCUCUUGAUUACACUGUAGGCUGAGUGCACUGAUGGAGAAAUGUUUAAUUAUAUGAAGACAAUUUGGAAGUUUAGUCCCGGCUAUCCAGGAAACCCAAACACUUGUACAUUGGACUUUUAUGUAAGUAAAUGCUCAAUUGAUUUUUUUUUUGUACUUUUGAUGAUACAACAUUUCCCCUUAUUUUUUGUUUUAAAAAAGUUUACAAAUACCAUGCAAAAGAACCAUCAAUUAGGUUCCGCAUGACUUAAAACGUACAAUAUGCUAUGUUAAAUGACACAACUGACUCUCUAAGUAAGAAAUAGUAAGCACAAUACCAAAAUGAAAUCCCUCAGACAAUAUCUUUCUGCAGCAAGACUGUUUUAAUUACAAAUGGGCCAUCAUGAUUGUGGCUGGUGACGACCCAAAUAAACAAACGAGAAACGAAACUUCCAGGGGUGAGUCGCACCUGGUUAGAUUAGGGACUAUUUUACGGGUCGGAAAAACAAGAAAACCACGGAAAACCAAAGGUGACGGUUAACGGUGAUUUAAUUCCAAAUUCCAAAGCCCAAAAUCUAUAGACCAAAGAUUGACCAUAAACUGAAAUAACAAUACAAAAAUCUCUAUCAAUUUGGCAAAAGGGCGAUACUAAGACAAAUAACGCGUAAUCAACAAACUAAAGCUUGAAAACGGUAAUAAAGCGAUUCUAUAACGAUUAGGUCGAUAACAAGACGGUAAAAUCUAAUUAAAGGCUACAUAACUGAAAUUAGACAAUAAUUCCAUAAAUCUGAUCUUAAUCCUUGCACUAUAAAGCAAAAGUGUGGGCGUUGCUCUAACAGGCGUUCAAAUCCGCUUUUCGCUCAUGAAACAAUUAUAAAUCAAUUAAACUUAAAUCUGUAUACUUGUACAGUAACAUUUGUGUACUUUUGCCCACUGGCUAAAGAACGAAACUAAACAAUAUAACAAAAGAAAUCACUUACAUAUCGGUCCCGCUUGUACCAAAGGUUAAGACAAAAUCACAAAAACGAUGUCACAAUGCGAAUCCUACUUGACUUUUCCUGACCAAAAGGACGUUAACGCGCGCUUUUAUACCCGCAUGGGGACGCCGAAAUAUCUCAUUACAAAACCAAUAGAAAAUCAGGUAAACAUUGUUACUAUGCUAGUAACUAGGAUCAAAGCAUGAAAAUCACGAAAUCAAUGAAAGGUAUUGUUCUUAUGUCUUGCCCUUUACAAUUAUGAACUGAUCGUGAUUGAAUUUGAAUAAUACAGGUUUUAACACUUUUCGCUCUGUUUAUAAAACUUUGAUAUUAUUUUAGUUGGUCCUCAGCCCUAAUCUAGUUCUGUUUAUUGGAAGUCUUGUCUGUAAACCACUUGUUGUGACACAGGUACUGGGGUACAAGCAUGCAUCCUCAAGAAAGUUUGCUAUGUUAUUUGACAUAUUCAUUUUGAUGUGAAUACACAGCUUUGUAUGGGUGGAAUCCUGUCUAAUGAAAUGUCUGGUUCAUUCCUCUACAGAUAGAGUUUGAGUUUCGAUCAAUCCUCCAUUCUAAGCUUUCCACUGUGUUUUUUGAUGAAGUUGUGAAAAAAAUGGUGAAAGCAUUUGAAAAACGGUGUUACUAUCUAUAUGGUCCUGGACAUCUUCAUAAUACAGUUAAAGCUAGAACAGCACCAGCAGGUAUGGUCACUGUCUUCAGGCAAUUUAUUGUCACUUAUAUUAACUACAUUAAAAUGAUACACUUUCUAUAUUUACUCUAAUAGUAAGUGUUUGCACUCAUUCCAGAGUGGUAAUAUAAUUUAUGAGACUAGUGAAGGGUUUCAUUAUUAUCUUCUGUCUUGUGAUAGUCACUUAGAACCGCACAGGGAACAGUUUCCUCUUCUAAUAAUACCAACACUGCUUCAAAUUGAAGUAAACCAACCUUGA